UUUAAAUCUGCGUAGAACAGUCCACCCUUCUGAAGAUCUACACAGCCCAGAUUUCAGACACAGAAUAUCUGCGUACCAUCAUGGAGGUCUCUCUCUACUCAAACAUUAUCCUAAUAAUCUCAAUGAUUGGCUUUGCUGAAGAAUCUGGAGGUGUCCCAAUCUGGUCUUCAAAGCAACAAGUUACCGCCGGUGAAGGGGGCACUGCCGUCCUGUCUUGCCACUUCUCACCUGAAAAGUUGAUGGAUAAUCUCACAGUGGUUUGGGUGAAGAGAACAGCAGGAGCGGAGGAUGCUGUGGUACAUGCCCAGGGCACACAGAAAACAUUUCACAAUCAGAGUGCAGCUUAUUCAAACAGGACUGCAAUGGACAAGGACUGGUUCCAGCGCAACGAUACCACUCUGAACGUGCACAGGAUUAGAGCGAUGGAUGCUGGGGAGUACAGCUGCUGGAUAAUACAGCCUCCACCAAGUCUAUUAACUGCCUACAAAUGCUGCACGGUCAGACUGUCUGUGGAGUGGAGAGAUGACCUGAAGCAACUUAUUGUGGUCUGGAGCCUUUACUUCCUUUCCAUCGCUCUCUGCAUUUUCUUCCUGGAUCGUUGCAGACGGCAGAAAGCACCCCCUGAUGGGAUCCAUGAACCCUAAAGAGCAUUAACCACCUGCAGAUCUGCCAGCUUGCUACAGUAUAUGCUCUAUAAUCAAAAGAAAGUGUGAUGCCGCCGCGGCCGUAGAAACGAGCGGCUUUGAAGGGAUUAAAUUCGGCAUCCCGGUGUUCUAGGGCAGUGGAGGGGUUAAAGGGAACCGGUCACCAUGAAAAUGAAAUGUGAGCUACAGGCAGUGUGUUAUAGAACAGGAGGAGCUGAGCAAAUAUUUAGUGGGACAUAAUUCAGUAAAACGUGUAAUUUAUACAUUUAAAUUCCUGCUCAUUUUGGGCUUUGAUGUCCAGGAGGCGGUCCUAUAAGUGAUUGACAACCUUCCCUCUAUAACUGUGUAUACAGAGAGAGCUGUCAAUCACUGAUAGGACCGCCUCCUGGACUUCUAAGGCCAGAAUGAACAUAGAAAGACAUGGAUAAAAUACAAGUUUUACUGAAUCUUUUCCCAUAAAACUAGAUAUCAGUCUGCUCAGCUCCUCCUGCUCUAUAACCUGCUGCUCAGACACCAUGUUCUACGUGACAGGUUCCCUUUAAUGCUGCAUACCUUGUGUCUAAUGGGUUAAUAACAGCUACCGCCUGUUUUUGCACAUGAAGCUGAAUGCUGAUCACAUGCGCCGUAUUCUUCUCAUAGAAAUCAGAGCGGAUGUGAAUACAGAGACACAAUUACAGCUCAUGCACACGACCGUUGCAGAUCCAUAAAACUCAGAGAAUGCAAUGGCGCCGCAAAAGAUGCGGACAGCACACUGUGGGGCACAUUUUCUAAAGUGUUUGCAUCUGUUUUUAGUCUAAAAAAAAGGCUGUUUUAGACAGUUGUUUUUUUUGUCGCAUUUACUACUGAAAUGGUGCCUGUUUUGUAGACUGAUUUGCUCUGUUCUAUUUAGAUUAUUUUUUAGACUAAUUCAGAAGUAUUCUAACGUUUACAACUUUAUUUAUAUUUUUUUCUAUUUAUGUAGGUGCACUUUUUUGUGCCUGACUUUGACUACUUUCACAUUAGCGUUCUCAAUUCCGCUAUUGAGAUCCGUCAUAGGAUCUCAAUAUCGGAAGAAAACCCUUCAGUUUUGUCCCCAUUCAUUGUCAAUGGGGUAAAAAAAUGGAACUAAGGG